AUGAAGAAGCAAUCCACACUGAACAGAGUUAAUUUGAAAACCUCCAUCGAGCGGGUACCGUCAAAAACGGCCUCUUCAAGAUCCAACACGGAAUCACACCAGACAAGUAAGAAGACCAACGAACAAGCGUCGGCCAGAGCCAAAAGAGCGGCAUCAAGAUCCAGAGAAAUAUCUCCUGUACAGUCGAUCGACAUGUCAAAUUCAGUUCCAGGACCAACGUCAAGUUCAGCUCCAGAAUUAACGUUAUCGGCUGCACUCCCGAACCAGAAUGAGACCACUUCACAAGAACAGGCUGGAGGAGAGGAGAUACGCGACAAGGAAGCGACGAACCACCCAGUUACCAAGGGGAAAGGCAGCGCUAGCAACUCGAGACGCCUGAAACUAGUCAUGACGAAACCGAUUGCUAAACCAACAGCGGGGAAUCAAUCCCCUUCAUCGGACUCCUCCUCGGGAAGCAAGAGUGGAAGCGAAGUCUUAAUAAAGAAAGACAAAGCGCUCCGUCUGUCCAAGCACUUCGUAGAAGUGGACAUUUACCUGACACAUGACGGGGGCAACGAGGCUGACUUUCGUCGCUCCUUUUUUGCUCGACCAGUUCGCUUCAAUUCUUAUACGAAAGAAGAAAAAGCACAGAAGCAAGAACUCGUCAACGCCUUAGUCUCCGCGAUUGAGACGGGAACGGCGAAACAAGUGAAGAAACUGUCGGCGGAGCUCAACAAGAAAUGGGGCCAAAACCCUCCUCUCCCUCCCGUCCAGCAAAGCCGUCCUCCCUCUUCGCUACCUCCGCUAAAUCACCUGACGCACAAACAACCUUUGGGGGGUAAGCCCACGAAGCACAAAGCCAACCUAAAACGAAAGGAGAAGAAAUUGGUUUCAGAACCACCGUCUUUGGCCGAAAUCCAGCCCCCCAACAAAAAGGGGAAGAAGCAAAUUAAAGGAAAGGAGAGAGAGUCAACUACCAUCGAGUUUCCCUCUGAUGACUCGGGUUCCUCUAGUUCUUCCGAUUCCUUGGUAAAGUCUAAGCCAAAAUCAAAGGAUUCUUCCGACUCUUCUUCUUUGGAUAACGAUACUAGCAGCGACUCCGGUGACUCGUCUUCAUACGACGAUCCCGAAAUCAGCUUUGAGACCAAGACACUUAAAGCAGCAGACCUACUGGACCUCCCGAUUAAGUGGGACAAAGUUCUCCCCAAAACUCCUCCCAACAAGGCAAGAGGGGUGGAAGAUUGA